AAAGAUGAGCCAAUUUGAAGGGGGAAAAAAAUUUAAAGAUCAGUCCGUCCGUCCAUUUGAGGUUCAAAUCGUGCAAUUUCUUGGUGCAAAAGUAGCAGCACGGAGAAAUGGAAAAUGGUGUAGAGCAAUCGCCGGUGCCAAAAGUGGGAGUAGCGGUGUUUGUUAUAAAGGGAAGUAGUAAAGUUCUCUUAGGGAAACGCCUCUCCCCCGUCGGCCAUAGCACUUUUGCACUUCCUGGCGGUCACCUCGAGUUCGGAGAAAGUUUUGAGGAGUGCGCAGCGAGGGAGGUGAAGGAGGAAACCGGAUUAGAAAUUGAUAAAACAGAGUAUCUAACAGUGACUAACAAUGUCAUCUCAGAGAAAGUGCAUACAGUUUGCAUAUUCAUCAGAGCAGUCCCUGCUGAUCCUAAUCAAAAGCCUGAAACACUUGAACCUGAGAAAUGUGCUGGUUGGGAUUGGUAUGAGUGGAACAAUCUCCCUAAACCACUCUUUGGUCCUCUAGAAGAUAUGGUCCAAAGUGGCUUCAAUCCUUUCCCAACUACUGCUAGUUGACUGUUUUGCUAGCAUUUUGGAUUGGAUGCUGUUGCUAAAAACUUGCCUCAUUGUUGUAAUGUAUAUUUCCUCGCUAGUUAAAUUUGACGCACUGCUUUUUAUUUGUAAUGGCAAGUGAUUCUACAAUGUGCUACUUUAAAAGGGUAGUCCGGUGCUCUGUCUUUUACUAUUCCAACGCUUUGUCAGA